AUGGCAGAAGCGUUCAAAAUCAAGCUGCUUCAAUCAACCCCUUAUUAUGCUCAAGCCAAUGGGCAGGCAGAAUCAAGUAACAAGGUGAUCAUCAACAUUAUCAGAAAAAUGCUUGAGAAAAAUCGAAAACAGUGGCAUGAUAAGUUGUCGGAAACUCUGUGGGCAUAUAGAACUUCAAAAGGAGAGGCAACUGGCAUGACCCCCUAUGCUCUGACUUAUGGCCAUGAUGCAAUUCUGCCUAUGGAAAUAGUAAUCCAAUCCCACAGAAUUGCUCAUCAACACAAUAUGGUUGGAGAGGAUUAUUCUCAAGCCAUGCUGCUAGAACUGGAAGGAUUGGAUACAAGCAGGAUUGAUACCCUCAACAAACUCUUAGUAGGAAAGCAGGCUGUAUCAAGGGCCUACAACAAAAGAGUUAAAAACAAGAGUUUUGAAGAAGGAGAGAUAGUCUGGAAAGCAGUUCUGCCCCUUGGAACACACAUAGCUGGUUAUAGGAAGUGGUCACCUACAUGGGAAGGGCCUUUCAUAAUUAACCAAAUCCUUGGAUUGGAGGCAUACAUAUUAUAG